GGCGGAGGUGGCGUAAGACUCGGGAACGGUCGCCCGGAGGUGACGUCACACACAUGCGCGGGAGGAAGGAGGGCGGGAGCGGGGAGCGGGGCUUUGUUUACAUGGUUCUUAAAGGGGCCGCGCGCCCUUUCUGUUUGGGAUGAGGAAGCAGUCUGCCCUCAAGGGCCCAGGGGAUUCUGGGAAGCCUGGGAUUACGCUGCCCUGGGCGUUUGUCUGGCGAGGGUCCAGGGGCUCCUGGGACACGUCUCCCAGCAGCCUCAGCCAGUGAUUUGGAGGAUGCCUUUAGCAGAGUCGCACAGAAAGGCUGCAUCCACAUGAGAGCCAUAACCCACUUUUGCACCGCUUUUCAGCCUCCUGGCCCAAGGCUGUGGCAUUCUGGGAGCUGGAGUUUGUUGUGGGCUCCAGAGCGACUGCCCUGGCUCAAAGGCUACGGCAUUCUGGGAGUGGGGUCCAGAGCUCACUCCCACAACAAACUCCAACUCCCAGAAUGCCAUAGCCUUGGGCCAGGAGGCUGAAAAGCGGUGCCAACCCUUCUUGCUCGGGGUGCGAAACGUGGCAGCUCCAGGCCCUGGUUCCUUAAGGCUGUGUCCACACCGCAGAAAUAACCCAGUUUGGCCCCACUUACGCUGCCAUGGCUCCAUGAUACGGACUCCUGGGCUCUGUAGUUUUGUUGAGACAUUUAGCCUUCUCUGGCGCCACAAGAAACUACAAAUCCCAGGAUUCCAUAGCAUGGAGCCAUGGCAGCCCAAGUGGCGUCAAACUGGGUUACUUCUUCAGUGCGGACGCAGCCCUUGGAGCCACGGAAAGGCGGGCUGAGGAAAGGCCUUUGGAUUUCAGUCGCCAAAUGAGUCCCAACGUUGGGAGAAAGGCACCAUCAUCAUCAUCAUCAUCAUCAUCAUCAAUGAUAGUUCCACUUUCCAAAUGACAGUUUGGGUCUUGAAGGCUCUUCCCUCUCAAGUACAGAACAGGGUUUUGGGAUCCAUUCAGUGGUCCAUGGUAAUACCUUGCCUUUUGAAGGCAUGUUAUAAGGCUUAUUAUCCUUAGAAACCUAUCGCCUUCAUCAGUCUUAAGGCCAAGAAAAUCACCCCUGAAUCCCAGGAAGGAGGAGGAAAGGAUGGUCCCUAAGAGCCUCUGUUUCUGGAGCAGCAUUCUCAACAUUGCUGGCAAGGUUUGGAUCUUUGUUGCCCUCGGAGAACUUGGUAAAAAAACAAAACAGAGCCAUAUUUACAAUGCAUUACUGUAAUAAAAAAAUAUAGAUUCAGAUGUUUAGCAAACUGUGUUGCAAUUAAAGAGUCAAGAAUUACGUUAGUUAGAAAUGAUUUGGUUUAACAUUUUAAAAACAAACAAAUGCCUGGUUUAGAAUAUAUAUAUAUAUAUAUAUAUAUAUACACACCAUGAAACACUUUACGUACUUCAAAAGCCAAAUAUAUAUGAGAGAGUAAUUGAACUGAAACAACAACAAGAAAAGUUACACACAGAAAGUGGGUCCCUAUGACCAUUUUGAAAUAGGCUGCCAUAGUAUAGAAGGUUUGGUCUGUUGGAGCCACAUUGGAUUUAUAUUGAACAGCAAAGAUUAAAAUACGUAGCAAAACGUCAGUAAAAUACGUCCAGAAGUUAUUUUAAAAUGCAGGUGAAGAAUCUGUAAAACAAAACUGUUUAAAAACAAUUAAAAACAGAAGAGGGAAAACCCAGAUGCUAAGUUGGUUACGAAGCCUGCCUUGGAAGCCUUGCCUUUGCAUAGAGGAUGUCCGUACAUGACAUGUGAGUGUCUUUCUACAGCGAUCUGCUUAUGCUUUUGGCCUUUUGGGUGAGUUUGCAACCACAGGAAGCUGACAGGCAAAGCCUGAUCUCUUGAAAGAGAGGAAAAGUGGGCGAGAGAAGAACAAGUGUCUGCGCAUCAUUGAGCAUCAUUGAGCACACAAGCGGCAGAGCAGGGAGCAGGAGAGAAACCCCUGAGACAGAGGGGCCAGAGACAGAGCCCUGGCACACAUUAAAGGAUGGAAGACGCCGUGGUGAAGAAGGGCUUCCUCUACCUCUACCAGCAACAGACCUUUUGGAAGAAAUGGCGGAAGUUCUGGGGCGUCUUACACGGGGGGAGCAGCUGUGCCUCGGCCUGUCUGGAGCUCCUGGAAAGCCCUCUGCCUCCGUCCGCAGGGAAAGCCAAAGAGAGAGAGAGCAGCAGCAGCAGCAGCAGCAGGUGCCGCAUCCACCUGAGGGACUGUGUGUAUGUGGCAGAGAAGGGCAAAGACGCCGGCUGCCCCAAGGAGACCACCCCCUUCCUCAUCCAGACCACCGAGAAGUGCUAUCUGUUGGCAGCCGAGAGCACCGAAGCAGCAGGCUGGAUCCUGGAACUGUGUGAGCACGCCUUCGGGAGGAACAGUGAGCUGCAGAAAGACAGGCUGGAGGACAAAGCGCCCGCUUCCCUGGCCAUGGAUGAGAACCCCCUGUACAGCCCAAUGAGCAAAGGAGAGAAGACACACUUUCCUGUGACAGUCAGGGCCACACUGGCCUCCGAACGCAUUGGGCUGGGGGGCAAGUUCCUUCUUUCUGCUCAAGCCGAGGCCCUGGAACUGUGGAGCAUGCAGGGAGAGGAUGCGCUGUACAUCUGGCCUUACAGGUUUCUGCGGAGAUUUGGCCACGACAAGGUGGUCUUCUCCUUCGAGGCUGGCCGAAGAUGCUCCUCUGGGGAAGGGAGCUUUGUGUUUGUCACCCCGCACGGCAAGGAAAUCAUCCAGCUCAUUGAAGAGGCCAUCGAUGUGCAGUGGGGCCCCUCUCCCAGGGCACCCUCAAGAGCCACCACCCUUCCUGCUGGGGCCACAAGACGAAACAGCUCUGAAGGGGGCACAUGGGAUUUUGCAGUUUCAGCACCGGACAAAGGGCAACCAGUCUCUCAUGCAACCGACACCACCACCCUCCUCAACUUGGAGCCUGGCUGGCGAGGGAAGCCAGGGAAGGACUGCUUCAUCUCGGUCACUGGCAGUAGUCCCCUGCCCACCAGCGCCACAAGGAGCCUGCCCCAGCAGCUGUCUGAUUCCUUCCUCAGGGGAGAUCCCAAGGAUGGGCCAUCAGUAUCUGAGGGGCCAGGAAAGAUGGUGGCAGCAGGCUCAGAGUCUGCUGAACCGUUGGAUGCCACCCACAAGCCACUGGCCAACAGCAGUGCCAGCUGGCCCCUGCAUGACAAGGAGCAGGUGCCCAUUCCUUCUCUCUCAGAUGAUGGGAUCCAGGGACUGGGUUUGGCUCCUGCCUGCCUUGGGCCGGAACAUGUAUAUGACGACCCAGAGGUCCUGGUCAACAUGAUUUAUGAUGAAUCCCAGGAGCUCAAAGGAGAGGCCUGGAAAUUGCGGGCCACUGCUGAGGAUCCCGUUGGCCAUGAGUAUCCUUACAAUCCCUGCCUGGAUGACUACUCCGUGCCCAAGAUGGCAGCAGUGCCUCCUCCGUUCCAGCUGUCUGGGAAAGGCAGAAAAGGACUUGGCCAAGCAGCGUGUGGGGACAGGUUCCUGGGGUUCAAGGUGGCAAAGGAUGCAUAGUGAAGGAGGAGGAGGAGGAGGAGGAAGGAGUCGUCUGGCUGGAAAAGAGAUGCAGAGGCCUGGCUGAGAUGGUUCUGGGAGACACUGGCCGCCGCCUGUCCCUGUCCCUCUUGGGCCACUGUUCCUGCCUGGAUGAGCAAAGUAAUGAAGCUUGCUGGGACUUUGGUGUGUAAUAUGAUAAAUUAUGUGUUGUGUUUUUCCUUCUGUUUGCUCCUCUCUCUCUCCUUUUUUGAGAUUUGGGGUAUGUUUAAAGACUGUAAUAUAUUACCUCUCUGUAAUUAUGUGUAGGAUUGGGCUGUAUUUGUUUGCUGGUUAAAUAGCAAAUUGCCUCUCAUGUUUUUUCAAGACCAGGCCACUGAGGAGCUGUGGAGCCAAAGAGCCAAAGAGGAGAGUAGGGCUCAUGUUUUGUGGGUUAUGGUCCUCUUUCUCAGAUGCAUGGAGUCUCAAGGCAGAACCGGAAUAAGGACUGUGUGGACCAUGAGAUGGGGCUGGGCUGCAACUCUGGGCCAGAGGUGGGCAACCACAAGGCGGGCAAAGCCCCUUCGCUCUGGGCAAGCCACACUGUUGCUUUUCAGCAUUUCGGAAGCCGUCUCACGUCACUCCUGGCCACCUUUUCAGCUGAUUUUGGGAUGUUUUUCUGUUUUUGUGGAGGGAAUUUGUGGUCUGUUUGGUGUCUAGGGCAAAAGGGAAAAAAUGCAUUUGCCGCUGGUUUUGUUUGAAUGUGGCUGGCUUUCAGGUGGAAAAUCACCCCAAACUCAGCACAAUUUUUAAAGGAAAAAAAGCAAAGUUGGUGACAAAACGGAGGGCCGUGACAAGAGAGUCACAGUAUCCCAGGCCAUCCAAGCAGUUUUGUCUCCCCAAAUGGAUGGGCUUGAUAGUAGGGCUGAUGGGCUUUGCAGUCCAAGAACCCUGCCACGGAUGUCCAAUCCAGUGAAAGCCUGUGGCAUUGGGACUCCCGGUUCUUGCUCUCUGCUCCCAGGCAGUCAGCAGAGCCAGGGAGGCCUGGCCAUGGGUCCAGCGGCCGGAGAGUGCCAAAGGCCGAGCCCAGCGCUCUCUCCCCGCUGGAGGGCAGCAUCUCCCCACUGUCAGCCGGAGAGACGCUUUGCUGAGAAGGAGGAAGGAGCAGCCGGACUCAGGGCAGAAACCCCCAGCCUUUGGGGGAAAGGCAAGGUCUGGGAAAGAGCUCAGUGGAAGGAGAAAAAUGGGAAUGUGUGGGAGAUUUGUCCUCACCCUCCUCUCCCUCUGAAUAAUGGGAUGCCAGCUGGCCCUGCUCAGCCUUGGAAAUCCAUGGAGUGACUCUGGGGAGGUCGCACUCUCUCAGCCUCAGAGGAAGGCAAGGCAAACCUCCUCAGAACAAAUCUUGCCAGGAAAACCCAGUGAUAGGGUCACCAUAAGCCAGAAACAACUUGGAAUCACACAACGACACAGACGGAUAUCAUAAGAUCUCAGGGUGGCUUCUCAGUAAAAUCAGUUUAAAAUUUCAAACAGUAAGGAACAGUUUAAACAGCCUAAAAACGUAGUACUACGUAUAUGGGGAGCGUUUUAGUAUAUUUUUAAAAUGUCAUAUUGUUUUUAGAUAGAUGAUUUUAAUUGCUUUAAGAUUUUU